AAAAAAAAAAAAAAUGAGAGAGAAAAUGAUGAAGAGCGUGUAAUUUCCCUUUUUUCUACUUUUUUUUUAAACUCAAACCAGUGGGUUUUUCUCUGAACGGUUUUUCCUACCUCAAGCCUAAGGGUUUAGUAAGGCUGAAGAACUACACCAGCACAACCCUGCUUCUGUUGGGACAUGAAAAACCGAAAAAAAAAAUGAAAAUGAAAUUAAAAAAAGAAACCCCCCACUUGUAAAGCCCAACCCGUACACCUCCCCAAAUUCGAAGAAAAUGUAAAAGUGAAAGUGUAAAAAAAAGGGAAAAAAAGCGGGAAAUGCAAUUUGACCCGUUUUUUUGGGAUUUUUUCCAUUUUGUCUGUUUGUGGUUUUUGCUGCAUUGUAAUGCUUCUUUUGCUUUUUUGGUGCUGGGGGGGCCUGGAUGCAGGACACGCCCGCCUGUGGUGGCCGGAAAGCGUCGCUGGCCUCGGAUUGGCCUGGGGAAACGGUGCUGGGGGCCCGUGCUGGCGGGAGGCUGGCCGGAUCUGGCAGGCUGGGGGUGUUACCCGCACCAGGCCAAAAAAAAAAGUGUGCUUUGGUGUAUGGGUGUAUCCUGGCAUCACGUGUGCGGGCGGCCGGCGGUUGGCGCCAGGGUUCUAGAACCCGCUGGCAAUACCUCCGUACAUAUACCGAUUGACUCUUCUCUCUUGAACUCAGUUACGCAGAGAGUUGAUGAGAUAUUUAUAUCAAAGCGAAUUUCAAACGGUGGAUUAGUGAAUGGAUUGAUUGAGUAAUCUUGAUGAGGAAUACUAAUAACAACCAUGGAUCAAUUGCCAUUGCAACCAGGUGUCGCCAGGUGCAAUAAGCAAUUGUCCGUUUUAGAUGGAUUGGUUCAAUUAGGGUAAUCUGGGGUAAG